CAAUUCCCAUGGAAUCCCCAUCAUCUCCGAGAUUCAAAGAGCUUGAGCGAAGAGACCGAUAAAUCCGAGCAAAGCAUCGACUAUACACGCGCCGGUAGUCGCUCCUACGAGUGCGUAUUUUGCCGUAGAGGGUUCACCACAGCACAAGCCUUAGGAGGGCAUAUGAACAUCCAUAGGAAAGAUAGAGCCAAGAGCAGGCCUAGUUCAGUUCCCAUAAUACUUUCAGGAAAUGAUGACAAUCACCCAACACUUAAGUCCUAUACUUAUCUGCCACAUUAUUCCAUAGCUCCUGAGGUACAUGUAACUUACCAAGCUUUUAUCCCAGUUUCAGGUUGGGGUUUUAGACCCCCUCCACACACGGCUGAAUUCUUUGUAGACAAUUCACAACAUCCAAAUCGGAGUUUAAGCCUGCGAAUCGGUCCGUCCAGUGUCGAAGAUCAUCGGAACAAGAAGGCUGAUGGAAGUAUUGGAGAAGAUGAAUUAGACUUGGAGCUUCGAUUAGGUCAUGAUGCAUAGUAUAUAUAUUAUAAAGUACCAAUAAUGAAUUUUCUCUAUCUACAGUAGUUGUGGAUGUAUAUUCAUUAUAA